CUCAGCGCGGGUCACGAGAAAAAACACCGGUAGGCUGCGGGCCAUGGCUAACGUCUCCAAGAAAGUGUCUUGGUCCGGCCGCGACCAGGAUGACGAUGAGGCGGCGCCGCUGUUGCGGAGGGCGGCACGGCCUGGGGCGUCGGCGGAGGAGGGCACGCCGCUGCUGAACGGGGCCGGGCCUGCGGCUGCCCGCCCGUUACCUCAUUCGGCAUCUUUCCAGAUUGGACAGAUGAGCAACAUGGAGCUCGACGAUGAGCUUCUGAACCCAGAGGUGGACCCCUCUCACCCUUUCCCCAAGGAGAUCCCACACAACGAGAAGCUCCUGUCCCUCAAAUAUGAGAGCUUGGACUAUGACAACAGUGAGAACCAGCUGUUCCUGGAGGAGGAGAGGCGCAUCAACCACAUGGCCUUCCGGACAGUGGAGAUCAAGCGCUGGGUCAUUUGCGCCAUGAUAGGGAUCCUCACGGGGCUCGUGGCCUGCUUCAUCGACAUCAUGGUGGAGAACUUGGCUGGCCUGAAAUACAAGGUUGUCAAGGACAAUAUCGACAAAUUCACAGAGAAAGGGGGGCUGUCCUUCUCCCUCCUGCUGUGGGCCACGCUGAACUCGGCGUUCGUGCUGGUUGGCUCUGUGAUUGUUGCCUUCAUAGAGCCAGUCGCUGCUGGCAGCGGGAUUCCCCAAAUCAAGUGCUUCCUCAAUGGAGUGAAGAUCCCCCAUGUAGUCCGGCUCAAGACCCUGGUGAUCAAAGUGUCUGGUGUGAUCCUAUCCGUGGUGGGAGGACUGGCCGUGGGAAAGGAGGGGCCAAUGAUUCACUCAGGCUCCGUGAUUGCAGCUGGGAUUUCCCAGGGGAGGUCAACGUCGCUGAAGAGAGAUUUCAAGAUCUUCGAGUACUUCCGCAGAGAUACGGAGAAGCGGGACUUCGUCUCUGCAGGAGCUGCGGCUGGGGUGUCUGCUGCGUUUGGGGCCCCUGUGGGCGGGGUCCUCUUCAGCUUGGAGGAAGGUGCCUCCUUUUGGAACCAGUUCCUGACGUGGAGAAUUUUCUUUGCUUCCAUGAUUUCCACCUUCACACUGAACUUUGUGUUAAGCAUUUACCAUGGAAACAUCUGGGACCUGUCCAGCCCAGGCCUCAUCAAUUUUGGAAGAUUUGAUACGGAGACGAUGGUGUACACGAUCCAUGAGAUCCCCAUCUUCAUCGCCAUGGGAGUGGUGGGUGGUGUUCUUGGGGCUGUGUUCAAUGCCUUGAAUUACUGGCUGACGAUGUUUCGAAUCAGGUACAUCCACCGGCCCUGCCUCCAGGUGAUUGAGGCCAUGCUGGUGGCCGCCGUCACAGCCACUGUCGCCUUUGUGCUGAUCUACUCAUCCCGGGACUGCCAGCCCCUGCAGGGCAGCUCCGUGUCCUACCCACUCCAGCUCUUCUGUGCAGAUGGCGAGUACAACUCAAUGGCUGCAGCCUUCUUCAACACUCCAGAGAAGAGCGUGGUUGGCCUUUUCCAUGACCCCCCAGGCUCCUACAACCCUGUGACCCUCGGCCUCUUCACCCUCGUCUACUUCUUCCUGGCCUGUUGGACUUACGGGCUGACAGUGUCCGCCGGUGUCUUCAUCCCAUCCCUGCUCAUUGGGGCCGCUUGGGGUCGGCUCUUCGGCAUCUCGCUGUCCUACCUCACCGGGGCCGCAAUCUGGGCAGACCCCGGCAAGUAUGCCCUGAUGGGAGCAGCUGCCCAGCUGGGUGGGAUCGUGAGGAUGACACUGAGCCUGACAGUUAUCAUGAUGGAGGCCACCAGCAACGUGACCUACGGCUUCCCCAUCAUGCUGGUCCUAAUGACCGCCAAGAUCAUAGGAGACAUCUUCAUUGAGGGCCUGUACGACAUGCACAUCCAGCUACAAAGCGUGCCCUUCCUGCACUGGGAAGCCCCGGUGACCUCGCACUCGCUCACCGCCAGGGAGGUAAUGAGUACACCAGUCACCUGCCUACGGAGGAGAGAGAAAGUAGGCGUCAUCGUGGAUGUGCUCAGCAACACGGCGUCCAAUCACAACGGGUUCCCUGUGGUGGAGUCCACUGAUGACACCCAGUCAGCACGGCUCCAGGGCCUGAUUCUGCGCUCCCAGCUGAUUGUUCUCUUGAAGCACAAGGUGUUUGUUGAGCGGUCCAACAGGGGCCUGGUACAGCGGAGGCUGAGGCUGAAGGACUUCCGGGACGCCUACCCACGCUUCCCCCCCAUCCAGUCCAUUCAUGUGUCCCAGGAUGAGCGAGAGUGCACCAUGGACCUGUCCGAAUUCAUGAACCCUUCCCCCUACACAGUGCCCCAGGAGGCCUCCCUCCCCCGGGUGUUCAAGCUCUUCCGGGCCCUGGGCCUCAGGCACCUGGUGGUGGUGGACAACCAUAAUCAGGUAGUCGGACUAGUAACGAGGAAAGAUCUGGCCAGGUACCGGCUUGGAAAGGGGGGCCUGGAGGAGCUCUCACUGGCCCAGACAUGAGAUCCUGGCCCCGGCACUUCACCUGGGGUCCCCACCUCACUCCUCGGACAGCAGCCGAUCCUUGUCCUCCAGACCUCAGGGAUGACCCAGCUAGUGUGAGUGUGACUGUCGAGUGGGUGCCUUGUCAGUGUUCUACACACUCCCCUUUGCCUCAGCCCCUUGGUUGUCACUCUCCAUCUUCCUGUCUCUCAGCCUUCAGGGAUCGGAUGUUCACACAAGUGCUCGCUUCCUGAGAGCCAGUGAGAGGUUGCGUGUGUGUGUGUGUGUGCAUGCAUGUAUGUGUGUUCACAUGUGUGAGCCAGUGAGUGAGCUGGGACCCGUGGUUCCAAGUGCUGCGGGCACCCAGGGCAGGGCCCUAUCUCUGCUUCUUUGCUCCUUGUUCCUCUCCUUGCUGGCCCAGAAGGACAGUGCCACCUGUACCCUGCCCUGGGUGAUACGAGGCCACGGCAGAAGCCUUUGGCCUUGCCCCCUCAGCUCAUGCUGUGACCGUGAGGUGAUAGGCCUGUGCAGCUGGGACCAACCUGGGCAGGGGCCCAGCAGGACAGUCCUGGAGAGCGGAUGCUGGAGCACGCUCUGUAAGGAAGCUGGCUCUUCUCCCAGCUCACCAUGUGUGCCCCCUGGGCUGUACCCCCACUUGGGGACUCCAUGGGCCCUGUGAUGGAGUCUUGGCCAAAGGAGAGCAGAGAACCACCGAUGGGGCUGAACCCAAGUCCUACCACACUUCUGUCAUCCCACGCUCUCUGGAGCUGGAGGCCGGAUGGACACCUGUUGCCACCAUGUGGAUCUGGGAAAUUGGGUCUUCUCAUCAUGGCGGGGAGGGCAACAAAGGCCUCUGAGGACCCCUGGCCCACGACGGUGUUCCUGGGCAGCUCUGAUUGUCAUCCUGGUGGCUGGGCUCUGGGGUGAGCUGGUGAGCCUGGAGCAGAGACCCUGUGCUCCUCUGAGGCCGGGUGGGACCAGUCCCAUAGGACCUUUUUAAAAGGUGGUUCCCAAGUCCCCGGCCCAUCUCUGAUGGAGGGAUUCAGAUGCCUUUGUGGUGAGCCAGUGGUGCUGCACCUUGGUUUCAGGCCCUUAGAAGGGGGUGGGGCCUCAGAUUGCAGGUCCUGUCCUGGUGGGCAGUUUCUGUGGCAGGUGGGGUUGGGGAGGAGCAGGUGUCCGAUGUGUGGGAUCGGAAUGGGAGAAAUAAACUGUGUCAGACAGCCAGUGCCCGCUUCCUGUUCCUGCUCAGCGUGGACCGUGGGGUGCGCAUGUCGGGUGAGGCCCACUUCAGUGCAUGGUGCAGGUGGGCAGCACCCUAGUGUGGACACCCCUAACAGGGAGACACCCAGAAACCUGGAGGUGGCGUGCAGCUGCAGCCCUUCCAUACCUCAGGAGGGAGCUCCCCAGGCACCAACCACCGCAUCCUCACUCACAUGCCUGGGCAGCCGUUGCUCCUGGGGCGGCCGGAGAGUCAGGUGGGGGGCCUCUCCCCAGAGGCCCUUCUGUCUGGGCCGCCUUUCUCCUCGCUGCUCUGCGUGGCCAUGAGGCGUGUGGUGCAGCUCUCCCUGGAGGAGAGGGUGACAGGAGUGUUCACCUGGUCACACAGAAGCCCCAGCCAGCCCUCAGUGGGUGGGUCUGGGCAGCAUGGGUAGGGCCAGGGGCUGGAGCAUCCGUCCCUGAAGUGAGACGUAAAAUACCCUUCACUAGCCUUUGAAGACUCGGUGUGGAGAAAACAAGUACAGCAUUUCGAUCACUUUUUUGUAUUAAAUACAUGUUGAAAUGAUGAUAUUUUAGAUGACCUGGGUUAAAUAAAAUGGACUAUUGAAAUUUA